AUGCUGAAUUGUUGCGCAAUCGCGCUGCUUGCGAUCAUUCAAGUAUUUGCAAAUGUUCAGGCAGUAACGGAAUGUGGCCUUCCAUCGAAUCUCAAUACCUUACCGGACUUUGCACAAGAAGAAGUCAGAGAAAUAUGGCGUAAUUAUCAAUCGGGCUCUCCAUGCGAACGCGAGAUUCAAAUUCAAAAGGAUAUUUUCGACGUUGUGAAAAGUAUUGAAGAAGACCCUUCUCCGAACAAUAGUCAUUCAAAAACAACGACGCAGUCACCUGCAAACAUUGAUUAUGACCACAUUGCGGCAAAUGGCGGAGAACCCAUUCCUCUGCUUUCUGCAACUUCUGCUGCUCCUUUGACAUCUACGAGUGUUAUAAUCGAUACCGUUGAUGAGAAGAAUGGAAUAAAGACUCGAAGUAUUUCUGACGAUACCGAUGAUUAUUUGGACCAGACAACAUUUGACGACGUUGCAAUGCUUCAAUUCGAUAAUGUGAAUGCUCCAUUUCUUCGAACUGCUCCGCAUUAUGUGAAAAAUGAGUUUUCAAAAGUUUGGCAAGAUCAGAAUAUACCAAGUGAAAGCCUUCGAGCUCUAAAGAUUCAAACUCUUGCUGUUUCUUUACUCAAUAGCCAACAACUCGGCGAAUAUAAUCGUUGGGCUUCCAAGCGAAGAAGAGUAUUAAAAGCACGUGAACAAGAAAUGCGAAAUCUCAGCUUUGAAGCAAAGCGAACAUUGCGGAGAAUGAGCAAUUAUAAAGAAAGGGAGGAAGUAGACCCAAUAAUAGUGUCUCCUGAAGUUAAACGAGAAUUGACAUCAUUUGUUCAAAAAUUGAACCGUCGGCGAAGUUUAAAACUUGUCCACUGA